GCGGGAGAUGAAUGUGGUGUCACCAAUGACGUCGAUGGGGAUGUGUUGGCAAAGCGAGCAGACGUAUUGAACAAAACGGUCAGUUGGCCUGUUUUGGCGGAGUCACAAAAUUGGUCGAGGUAGUCGUCGACUGUUUUCAAUGGACGGAAGGUGGAGGUGAUCAUGGUGGCCCACUCAAGAAACGAGUGAGGUGGAAGAUUGGCAUGAUGGCGGUUGGACAUUUUUGCGUACUAGUGAACGAUGCCUUCUGGGAGUUCGGUGCCAGCGAUGGGGAGCUAGUGGAUGACGGGAACGUUGUGGAGGGAGAAGGCUUGUUGGAGUUUGGUGGGGUGGGUGAAGCUAAUAGUCGACGAAGUCAAGAGAGGUUUCGAUUGGGGGGGAAUUGUCGACGACUGUGUAAUGGUGAGGUUGUCGUUUUGGGCGAGAGGGGAGGUGGGAUGACCAUGGUGGAGGUGGUGGUGGAUGAAGGCGGGGGCGUGGAUGACGUGUUGGCAGAGAGAACGGAGGAUGUGGAGAAGGAGGUAAGUGGUGUAGACGUGGAGGCAGAGGGUGGGGGAAGGGUGAUGGAGUCCGAGGUGGAGGAGGGGGCUGUGGUGGUGACGACCUGGAUGGUGGAGGAGGCAUGUUGUUGUUCCAUGGUGGUUAUCCGGUCGGAAAGGUCGGAGAGGGAUGUUUGGAGGGAGUCAACGGUCGCCUUCAUGGUGGUCAUAAGGGAAGAUAGGGUGGAAGAGUCAGAGGGGGCCUCUUGGGCGGCAGCCCAUUUGGCAGUAAUUUCACGACGGAGGCUAUCGACGGACUGGGUGCUGAUGGAGGGCAGGUGUGAACAUGUGACCUUGAGUACUUUGCUGCUCGACUAUUAUCAGCAUAGGACGGAGUCCGGGCCCAUUUGAACUAUGGAAAACAAAGUCCACCCAAUUGU